AUGACUGGUGGGCACGCGAAACUGCUGUUAAACCAGCCAUAUACCGAGCCUGAUCCAAAGAGCUACUCCUCCUUCCAGCGAGACAUCUAUCAAUCUUUCCGACCGCUCAUCUUCUCAACCAAGCCCUCCGAGUGGGAGGCUUUGGCACGCUCCAAAGUCCCUGUCACCAAUUUUGGUUAUGUUUAUGACUCCGCGAGUAGUGGAACCACCGCCAAGGCCAAUCUGGAAGCCUUCAAUCGGUACCGCCUUCGACCUCGAUUUCUCGUCGACGCUACUCGUCGACACGUCGGCAUCGAGCUAUUUGGUACAGAGUACAAUAGUCCAUUGCUGGUUGCUCCUAUAGGUGUCCAGAGCAUCAUGCAUCCGGAUGCUGAGGAGGCCACGGCUAGGGCUUGCCGCAGCCUUGGAGUCCCGAUGAUCCUGUCUACAGCGGCAACUCGAACAAUAGAGCAGGUCGCUGAGGCCAAUGCAGACGGCCACCGCUGGUAUCAAUUGUACUGGCCCAAGCCACAAUGUGAAGAAAUCACGGCGAGUCUCCUGAGCCGAGCAAAGGCUUCCGGAUACAAGGUCCUGGUCGUUACUCUGGACACGUUCAACCUUGGGUGGAGGCCCACCGAUCUUGAUACCUGCUACCUACCUUUCAUCUGGGGCCAAGGCUGCCAGAUCGGCUUGUCAGAUCCCGUGUUUAAUCGCGUCUUCGAAGAGUCGCAAAAGAACGAUACACGAGGCUCCCGCGAGAAGCUGGCUGAGCUGUGGUCAAUGAUAAGGCGACCAGGCACCGUUUAUGGGGCUGCUCGCAUACUGUGCAACGCAAAGCUGUUACAAAAGUCGAAAGCAUGGAUGGAUGUAAUCAAUUCAGGCACGUAUCGCGAAUGGGAACACCUGAAAAUUUUAAAGGGAUUGUGGGAUGGCCCGAUUGUCCUUAAAGGGAUCCAGACAGUUAACGACGCCCAUCUUGCCAUCGAUUACGGAAUCGAUGGCAUCAUCGUGUCAAAUCACGGCGGUCGACAGCUUGACGGAGCUAUAGCGUCUCUGGACGCCCUCGCCGACAUUGCGGCAGACGAAAAGGUCAAAGCCUCCAAUUUGGCCCUCAUCUUUGACAGUGGUGUACGAACCGGCUCAGACGUGCUCAAGGCGUUGGCAUUAGGUGCAAAAGCGGUUUGCAUCGGACGCCCUUAUGUCUACGGACUGGCUGCUGGAGGACAACAAGGCGUAGAACAUGUUCUGAGAUGCUUGUUGGCAGAUACGGACAACAUGCUGGGAAAUUGCGGCAAGAGGAGCAUCCACGAUCUGAGCAGGGAUGAUCUUCAGGUGGCGCCGCAGAGCAAGUUGUAA